UAUACUAUUUGCAGAGAAAAUAAAUUAAAAUGCGUCGAUUGAAAUGUAUAUUCUUUGUGGUUAAGUUAUUUGUGUCUAUGACUCUCAAUUAUGCCAAAAGUGAAGAGACAAAUGCAUCCAUCAGUGAAAUAAGAAAAAGGCGCGCUAGUAUUAUGGAACUUAUGUUCUCGUAUAAAAACGUGCAAGUUGUCAUUUGGGAGUACAUCCACUUGGAACUUUAUGCUAACGAAAGAACCUGUGCGAGGCAAGAGAAUCGAGCUAGCACGUUUUGGGAAGUCGAGUGUCAAUGCUGCGGAGAUGAUUUCUUCAAGCAAAACUUUAGAUUGAAAAGACGGGAUUUCCAGAAAUUGUGUAGCUUUCUGGAUCAUAUUAAAAAGAAAGUAACAAACUUCCAGAAUUCGAUAUGCUUGGAGAAANAUGUAGCUUUCUGGAUCAUAUUAAAAAGAAA